UUUUCCCCGAAGAUACGACCUCCGUCCCUUCCUCUGGUCUUCGGGCUCCUGGGUCCGGGCUAAGUCGUCUUUUGAUGGGGGAAUUUUUCGGGCGCAUCCACGACCCUUCUCCGCGCCGGGAGCAUCGCGCCAGCCAAGAUCGGUGAAGCCGCGCUUGUUCCUCCGCCUUUCCCUUUUCUGCCCUCCCUCCCCCUUCUCCCCAUCCUCCACCAUGUUCACCGCCAUUGCUGCUACCAGCCGCCACGCGGCGAAGCAGGCCGUUGUCCGGCCCGGCCCGGCCCUGGUCACCCGUGCCAUGUCCAUGGAUCCCUUCAACACCGACGCCCUGUCUGACCUGCCGGAGGACCUGCAGAUGUUGCGCAACACCGUGCGUGACUUCUGCGCCGCCGAGCUGGCCCCCAUUGCCCAGUCGGUGGACAAGGAGAACGAGUUCCCCAUGCACAUGUGGCGCAAGCUGGGUGACCUUGGUGUUCUCGGUAUGACCGCCCCGGAGGAGUAUGGCGGUGUCAACAUGGGCUACUUCGCCCACUGCCUGGUGAUGGAGGAGAUCUCCCGUGCCUCCGGCUCUGUGGCCCUGUCGUAUGGCGCCCACUCGAACCUGUGCGUCAACCAGAUCGUGCGCAACGGCAAUGCCGACCAGCGCGCCAAGUACCUGCCGAAGCUCAUUUCCGGUGAGUACAUCGGUGCUCUGGCCAUGUCCGAGGCCGGCUCCGGCAGUGACGUCGUCUCCAUGCGUCUGUCGGCCGUGAAGAAGGGCGAUAAGUACAUUCUCAACGGCACCAAGUUCUGGAUCACCAACGGCCCGGAUGCCGAUGUGCUCGUGGUCUACGCCAAGACCGACCCCUCGGCCGGGCCUCAUGGCAUCACCGCCUUCCUGGUUGAGAAGGGCAUGCCCGGCUUCUCCACCUCGCCCAAGCUGGACAAGCUGGGCAUGCGUGGCUCCAACACCUGUGAGCUGGUCUUCGACAAUGUCGAGGUCCCGGCCGAGAAUAUCCUCGGUGAGGAGGGCAAGGGUGUUUACGUCCUGAUGAGCGGUCUCGACUAUGAGCGUCUGGUUCUGGCUGCCGGUCCGGUCGGCCUCAUGCAGGCCGCCCUCGAUAUCACGGUCCCCUACGUCCAUGACCGUAAGCAGUUCGGUCAGCCGAUUGGUGAGUUCCAGCUCAUGCAGGGCAAGCUGGCCGACAUGUACACCAAGACCAUGGCCUCUCGCUCGUACCUGUACGCCGUGGCUCGUGCUUGUGAUCGUGGCCAGGUGUCCAACAAGGAUUGUGCCGGUGUCAUCCUCUACUGUGCCGAGCGCGCCACCGAGGUGGCUCUCGAUGCCAUCCAGUGCCUGGGCGGCAACGGCUACAUCAACGACUACCCGGCUGGCCGGAUCAUGCGCGAUGCCAAGCUCUAUGAGAUUGGCGCCGGCACUUCGGAGAUCCGCCGCAUGCUCAUCGGCCGUGAGUUCAACAAGUUCUAUGCCAAGAACCGCAACUAAGCUGGACAUGUCUCCGCCCCCCGCCCGACUGCCUUUCCCUCCUGUUGCACGUGUGGCCAUCCUUGUCCGUCGAACUUUUCAGGGCGUAUGUGGCCCCUGACGGAAUAAAAAAAAAAC